CUACAGUACAUUAUUUACAUUGAACUUUUGUAUUGUAAUUUGUAAGUUGAGCUUGGCUUGCGCUUGCCUUUGCCGCGUGCUCAUUUCGUGAGAAUUUGUGCUUGUUGACUAUUUGAAAACAACCCCAAAUCGCUAAUUUAACAAACUCAAAAGCUCCCCUGCAGCAUGAUUAUGUUUUCCAACAUAAGUGCGUACAAUCUACAUCUGUUCACUUUACUCUGUUGCAGUUCGUUCUAAAUUUAAUUUGUUUGUUGACGCUCAAUUUCACUAAUUUCAGUGCUCGCUAUUCACCAUCAUACAAUGCAUUCCUCCAACGAAACUUCAUCGACUGGAGCUAGCCUUGAACAGAAUCCAAAUGAACCUAUCCCAAGCAUGAAGCUCCAAAAUUCUUCGUCAGUUACUGACUUCAAAUUGGGCUGCAGCAAAAAAAACAAUGAAUUUUGCAACCAACCUGGUUCUAAUUUUAAGAAUAAAUCGUUUCAAAGAAUUACCUUGAAGUCAUUGAAUGGAUUUCUUAAGGCAAAGUGUCGAGUUUGUGGCAUCAAUGCAACAAAAUGUUUGAAGAUAUUUAAUGAAAUAACAGAAAUAGCAAAUUUAGUGAACACUUAUUUGCCCAUUCAGGUUGGCGAAUUUGACCCUUAUCCAAAAACUAUUUGCCUGGAGUGUCUUGGAAUUUUGCAAACAACGAAUGACUUGGCUUAUCGAGCUUCUCAGGUUGACAUUGCUUUCAGAAAUAACUUUGAAAAGGUCACUGACUCAACAGCAACUGAAACGUUAUCUGACAAUAAUUCCCAAACUAGGACUAGCUCAGGCAGCAGUUUUUGUGAAUCAAAGUCCCAGGAGAAAUUUCCCAGUGACUGCUCCAAAACUGCCUCAGCCGCUCAAGCGGAUCAAAUUCCUGAAAUCCUGACCUCUGUAAAUCUUGUCAGAGUGUCAUCUGUCAAAUCUGUUUCACAGGCUACUUCUAAAGCCAAACCAAGUCGUUUAUAUCUGACUAAAACUAAUGUUGUCAACAACUUUGUAGCUGACUCAAACGAAUUAAGGCAACUGCCUUUAAGCAAGCUCAAUAAACGUAUGAAAAAUGAGCUAUCAAUGCCACCUCAAGAAUCAGUGAGGUACACUAAAUAUGGUACUCCAAUAAAAUGCAGCAAGAAGUCUCUCAAGGCCUAUAGCUCUGAUGAGGAAUCUAACAGAGUUUCAGAUUUUGAACAUUCUUAUGCCAAACCAGCCAACCAAGAACCAGAAUGGUUGAAAGGUCUAGAAGGGAAUAACAAUGAUUUUGCAGGUCUGAAUUCAGAAGAAAAUUCAGCUAGUGAUUCCAUUAUCGAUCCCACAAGUGUUGUAGAAUGUAUGUUGUCAACUCAUACGCAGAACAGCGAGGAUGAUUCUAAUGAGAUAAAUAUUGUUCCUUCCAAUAUUUCGCACUCUGAUACCGAAAAAAAACCUGCUGAGACACUACCAACUCUUCCACUCGGCAACGGCAAAAUGUCACCUGUUGCACCAAAAGGCUUUGAAAUCAGUUCCUUUAACCGACAAACAGUACUUGCACAGGUUUCUAAACUGUUGUCAAAAGAAUUUUUAAAUGCGCCCUCUAAACCUAUCUCGGGUACCAUCCAAAGUCCAAAUGAAUCACCUGCCAAGAAGAGAAAGCGAUUGAUGUUUACGAUUUCUCAAAUUGAUCCCAAGUCUCCAGUUAAUGCGCCGCAGAUGCCCCGAUUAUCACAGGAGUCCUUCCCAAAAUACACCAAAUUGGUCAUUCAUGGGUGCUACAUAUGUAACAAAAAGUUUGGGACUUUAGCACAACUUCUUUGUCACAUGCAAACGCACGCAGCUGCUGACAAGUGUUGUCCUGUUUGUGAAAGAGUGUUCAGUCGAGCCUCUAUCCAGCCAUUACUCCACCAUCGCAAAGUACACAGUGAAGCAGAACUUAAAAAGUGGACCACUGGUUCAGACGAGGAAGGGAAAUUCAAGUGUGAAAGGUGUAGCAAAUUUUUUAUCAGCAGAGUUCAUAAGACAUUCCAUGAUGUCUACCACCACGAUCUGAAGAUAGUGGCAUGUGGAUAUUGUGACGGUGAGUACAUUACUGAAGAGACCGUGAUAAAACAUCGCAAGGUAUGCAGUGCAAAUGGAGAGUCUUUCAAGAGAUCUUGCCCACUUUGCUUUCGUGAGCACCAGAGCCUGGAGGCCUACCAAGAGCACAUCCAAAACCAUGCAAAAGACCACACCUGUGACCUUUGUUUUUCCUCAUUUAUUUCAAAGGGCUCUCUUCAAGAGCACAUUCAAAUUGAUCAUGCAGAUAAGCCGUACACGUGUGACACUUGUGGCAAAUCGUUUGUCUCAGAGAACUGUCUGCAGCAACAUCAAGAAUCUUUUCACAGGAAACUCAAACAAUCUUGUCAUCUUUGUUCUGCUACAUUUUCCUCCCUUAAACAAUUGACUGCUCAUACGAAGACACACAUCGAUGCACCUCUCAAAUGUACGUUUUGUUCAGAAAUUUUUCAAACAUCGGCAGAGCUGAAGACACAUAGGGCCUCUCACAGCGAGUUGGUUUGUUACCUGUGUAAUGCUGUUUGCAUUAAUGAAGAAAAAUGUGUCGAGCACGUUGCACGUUGUAGAAAGCAACGAGAAGAACGUUUAAAAGAUGCAAAUCCAGAGAAAAACUGUGACGGGGAGGUAAUUAAGAUCCAGAAACAGAGGAAGCAUAAGCAUCUAAAUUUAGCCUGCAAUUUUUGUCAUAAAAAAUUCUCUGAUAGCACAUCUCUGCGCAACCAUGAAACCAUCCACUCUGGAGAACGGCCCCACCUGUGUUCACAAUGCGGUAAGACUUUUCGCACCUCAAAACUUCUACUCAGACAUUCAAGACUGCACUCAGACAUUAAUUGCUAUGCUUGCCAGUAUUGCUCUGAAUCUUUUCAGACCAUGGAUAAAUUAUACAUACACAAACGCACAAAGCAUACUAAUAAAUAUAGCUUUAAAUGUGAUAUGUGUAAUCACACUUACUCUUUAAGGAAGCACUUCAUCAUCCAUUCGCAGAUAUGCAAAUAUUUUGAACCAUCUUCGAAUAUGUCAUCAGAAAAAACAAGAAGGUGCAUGUUGUGUCCAAAGGUAUUUACUGCACUAACGAUCAUGCGACAUGAAAGGAUUGCACAUGAUCCCAAAUAUCCAGCCAUAUGCAAUAUCUGUGAUGAGCAGUUGACAAGUGUCCUUUUGCUGAGGAAACACUUAGAAAGGCACUACAAUAACAAUGAGAUUAAAAACAUCAGAUGUCCAAACUGUCUGAAAAUUUGCGCAGACGAUGCAGAUUUCAAAAAUCACGAUUGCGACUCAAACGGAGGUAAUGACACAAGGGAGGGCUUAGUUGAGUCGCAGGCUCAGCAAGCUGUGGAAAGUAUCCUCCCACCUCUGUCACCUCUAUCUCAAGAGCUUCGCUCCUUUCAGUCGGAAAAUCUCUCUGAAGCUGAGCUUAUUGAAAGUGCAAUCAGCCAAACAUCACCAUGUGAAGCUCAGUCUUGAAAAGUUUGGCAAACUCGAUGAGAUGAGUUUCAACUAAUUGUCCGAGAUUUGUGCAAUUAGCCUCACAAAUUUUCUGGUAUGGAGUUUUUGGUGCUGAAAAUUUUUUCAGGGAACCAGAUUUUCGAGCACAAAGGUCUCAGUGCUGUAGAAAUCGAAAAGAAAACGGAUACAACCCCAAUAUUUUACCGAUGCUCCAUGAAAAAGUUAACCUGAAGAGCUGAAAGCAGUAUUAUAUCAGUUCAUCAGUGUGUAAAUAAAUUCGGUCAUAUAUAGAAUCUCGCCUGUUUUUUGAAAGCCUCUGUGAUAUACAGGGUGAUCUGAAAGUUCCACAUCACUCCUUUAACUUUCUUGCUGAUUCAACUUGAUAGCUCUGUCAGCGAAAAAAGUACAGGGACGGUGCUGAACUUUUAGAUUACCCUGAGCAUGUUUCAUAACUUAGAAAGUAGCAAAUAAAUUGUUUCUUUCUUGAUUUCGUUUAUCUAUGUAACUCUAUAUUCUUGUAAAUUUUUGUCAUCUUAGUUACUUUUUGUAUUUGCCUUUCAACCCGACAGCCUAAAAUAAGUCAUUUUUCAUUAAAUUAGAAAAUCAUUCUAUGAAUUUAAUUUCUUUUAUUUCAUUUUAUUUAUUUCAUUGCACAUUAAAAAUCUGCUAAAUGUUAGCAAUAUUGCAAUACUCUUUAUUUCUUUUUACAAGAUUGUGGAACUCAUUAACUUAAAUAAUUAGGUAUAGAUUUAUUCUCACUCAAGGUAUUGACAGAAUUUUGUUACUCUCCAAAUGCAAAUCGGUACAGUAGAUGUUCAAGUUAAUGAAACACUUCAAGGUGAUGCGAUGAUUGAAACCAACUAUGAGUGUCCUUUCUCUGCAUUCUGGAACCUUUGUCAUCAAUGCGAUAUUUAAUUUCAAAAUUUGCUCUAGCCUGCACUCCUUAAUAACCUUGCCCAAAAGCUGCCCCGAUUAAUUGCCAGGCACAAACAGCCAUCUAAAGGCCUCUGAAGAGGCAACUCUAGUCAUGAGAGAAUGAAGGAGUGUACGACUUACAUUUUUUUACCCUCGACCACUGUCUCCAAGAUCGCAAACUGUGCACUUGUUGCCUCCAUCCGCAUGACCGCAAUUUGAUAUUUAUCCCUCUCCAUGCAGAACCAGCCCUAACAAGACUUCUGAGGAGGUCCCUCAGAAUGGAGUUUGAAUUGCCUAAAACUUAUCUGUCGACUGGACUAUAUUUUGCACAAAGGAAUCAAGAGCACUGCAAUGUGGUAUCAAUUGUUUACGGAUAUAUUUUCAUUUGUUACUAUCAAAUAACAGAAAGUGGACCGAAAAAUGAGUGUACUUGGAAAACUUCCAUUUUUAUUUAUAUUCUUUGAAUGCAUUCAUAGAAACAGUUUGAAUUGUUUAGUAUUCUUGCAUGGUAAAAGAAGUUGUAUGCACAAUCUUGGCAGCAUUGCAGGGACAUCAUCUUUGGAAAGGUAGUUCAAAUUAUCUUGAUGUGUUUUGCCUUUUCUAUCAUCGAACAAAAGAAUUCUUCUUGUGACAAGCCAUACCAAGUUAUGAGAGAAUAUUGACUAUCGUUGUGGUUUAAUGGAAGUUAGCGUAAUAAAAAAUUUCAAAUCACAUUACACAUUUCCAAGACAUCACCUUGUGGCUAAAGUUUCAGCUAGAUUGUACUCAUACCAAUUCUACCGUUCGGCAACCUUAAUUACUUCAAGUCAAAGAGAAAGUGCCUCUAUUAACACUGAUGACUCUUGUCCUGAGUCAGCAACACAGUAUUGUGUUGAGUGCAUACUUUCUUUUAAUAAAUUAUCUAGACAGAGGUAAAGUAAGAAGUCUACUGCAAGGCCUUAUUCACAUUGCCAUUUUUCUUCUUCGAGUGAAAAAGAGAUGAGAUUAGUUUUUUUGUAACUUUCAUUAAAGAUUUAAAACUAUUAAGCAAUGAAUUUUUUAUUAAUUUAAAGAAUAAACUUUUCUUUACCUA